AGUGUUAUCUUAAAUCAAAAAUCCUCAUCAGCUGGUUUUCACUCCUCCCGUUUUCAUUUUCUUCCUGUUUGUUGAGGCAAACAGCCCCCACGCUAAAGACCCACCAGAAGACUUCUUCAACAAAGAGGAGAUGCCCCCUCAGCCACAGGUGAGGAGAAGUUUCCAGGAAUUCCUCAAGAGCUUCGUUGGGAUUGUACGAGUCCUUCAGAUCCUGCUGGGAGCCGGGCUUUGGGUCACCAUCGCGGCCAACAAGUAUGAGGGCUCCAUUCACUUCGUGCUGUUCGUGGCUGUGUUCUUUUGGCUCCUAACGUUGGCCAUCUUCAUCCUCACGCUGCUGGACAAACAAGACCUCGUUCCCAUCGUGGGAGGAGAACGCUGGUUGUUAAGCAACGUGAUACAUGACAUUGCGGCCUCGGCGCUGUAUCUGUCUGCAGUUGGGAUCAUGAUCUACAAAACGGAAAAGAACUCCUACUGCAACUUGGAGCUCUACAAACAUCACUGCUUGUACAAGGUCUACCUCACUGCCUCAUUCUUCGCCUGCCUCACGGCCAGCGUCUACCUGCUCUCUGCCAUCUACGGUUGCUGUAGGAAAUGCCGAGGGGAGCAGACCGUCGUGUAAAAAGCCAGCAGCGCCUCAGAGACCCUCAGGAUGUCCUGUUUCUGAGGGACGAGGGGCCUUUACUCUGGUUGCACUCAGCAAGCUUUUGGAGACUGGAAAACAUUUUCUUUUCUCUUAAAGCAGAGAACUCUUGCCUCAGGCUUUCAGGUUUGUUUGUUGCCUUUUAUACAGUAAUUUAAAGUGCUUUGUACCAGUGCAGUCGUGCAUAAACGUCUGUGUUUUUUGUACGUUUUUGUUGCUUCAGAUCUAUAUAUUUCUAUAGUUUGUAAAGCACCUGACAACCCAAAAAGCAGUUUGUUGCUUGAUGAAACAACAUAUCAAAUUUGUAGCAUUUUUUUAACGUUUUGAUAUGACAAAGCAUCGCUUUUUCAAAAUCACUCAACACAGCAUGUGUACACGUGCUUUACUGUUUGACAACACUAACAAAUUACAUCACUUCACAUAUAUUGUUCAGUUGAUCAGCUUAUAAAAAAGAUGAAAUAUUUAACAGUUGUUUGACAAUCACAUUUUAGAAUCGAAUGUAAUAUGUAGCUAUUAGCAAACAGUCAAUAAAAAAGAAAAGAAAAUGUGACAUUUCAUUUGUGUGUGCUGUUUCACUGUUGUUUUUCUGAAGAAACAAUGUUCAAUAAAAACAGACCCUCUUGUUUACGACUUCCUUCAUUCAGGAAGUCAUUAUGUCAAAUGUCUGUAAAUGACGGUGUGUGGGUGUGUGUAUUUAUAUGAGCAACGCGAUGUUUUCAUGUUGCUUAAGAAUUAUUUUCCAUUGUGUCCUUCUGAAAGAUAUGGGAGUUUUAAUAUAUCGUUACACGUACAAGAAAAAUGUAUUACAAGAAUUGUGGCAUAUGGGAACUGCAGCAUGUAUUUAUACUGUUUUAAACAUCCCAGAAUGCAUCUUGAAAUUUGUUGAGAAAAUGCCCAGAAUGUGCAAAGCUUGAGGCAAAGAGUGGAUAAUGUAAGAUAAAAUGAAGGAGGAGGAUAAAAUGUAAGAUCAUUUUAAUGGUUGGAUUUGUUUAACCUUAUUUGCCACUACUGUAUACAUAAAUACCAAUUUAUAAAUACUUUUUAUAAAUGUCUUUUUUUGCAGAACUAACAAUAUUGAACCUGUUUUCUGAGGCACUUCAUUCUGAGGCUCUAUUCACAUUUUAAUGUCCGGUUUAUAGGGACCGUAAAAAUAAAAAUUCUGUCAUCAUUUACUCACCUUCGAGUUGUUCCAA